AUCAUUUUUUAACAAGUGAAGGUGGCAUAGUGACUUGAUUGUACCAUAGAAUGGCACCGUCUUUGAAUUUUUCUGCCAUAAUAAUAACGCCCCUUUAAAACCGUAUAUCCAAGAGAAAUAUGAUUUGCCAUUUAUGGGAGUGACAGAAUAUGAGGAAACACUGUAUGCAGAUGCAGAGCAGCUUUUUAUAGUAGAAAUGCUAUUAAAGUUGUUUGAUGGUUUGAGAGGUUUUGGUGUCAUAGUGCAGUUUUCGCCCCGGGUUAUGUCUUACAGGCGUCCUGUUGCCACAUCUUAGCCUGGCGGGAGUAUCGUAAAUUCGUACAGCGAAAUGACUGUACUGCUUUUAUAUCCGUCAAGAUCAGUAGAUGUAUAUGAAGUAUUUGGUUUUCUCAUGUAUGCUGCAGUCGCCAGAACGUGCUGCCUGGCAAGCAUGACUCUGGGUAAGGCCACCUACUAAUGACGCAUGCGCUCUGAGUCUAAACGUUCGAAAACAACAGCGCGAAAAUACAGGUCGAUAGGCGAUUAUAACAUACCGAUACCUCAGUUUUAGAUUUUGUUGCUCUUUUUCUACUGUGUCGUUUGUGUCUUAAAUCAGUUUAAGUCUAAACAUAUUGGUCAAAAAUAAUUUUCAACUUAUUAAUACGAUCGAAGCUUUAAGGCGUUGGUAGUUAGCUAUUUAGCUAGCUGUUUCUGUACGAUUAAUACUAUGAAGCCGUCAAGAGGCUCAAAACGGCCUCCAACAAAAGCCCCCAACCCGAAAAAGAAAAAAGAAAAGGCGUCGGGAUUUCCUGCAAAAGAGGAUCAGGAGCUAGGUGAUAAUGAGAAUAUCCCCCUCACCAAAUCAGUUAAGAGGAGAAAAGCUAAAGGGGAUUUACCUUCAGUAUCAAAGAAAACGACCAUUCAGGACAGCUGGAAACCGAUGCCCCCAUCCACCAUCAGUGCUGUGGAGAACAUAUUGGACUUAUCCAUACUAGCAACACUUGCUUUGAAGCGGGCAGGGAAGAAAGAGAGCCAGGAACAUCUAAACAUCAUCAAAAAUAAGGUUUUAGCUCAUUGUGCACAACUUAAGGUUCCAGCGCAGGAACGGGGAGAUUUGAUUCAUUCAACUCAACGCCACCAGGAGGAGACCAAGAAGUCUGAGCUCGGAAAGAUGACGCUGAACUCCCUGAAGGCAGACUUGAAGGCUGUUGUCGGCGUGCUGGAAAGGACAGAGGAGCAGAUGGUGUCUUUACAGCAGAUAUGCUCGAAGCUGAGGGAUGAGUUGGAGGAAGAAGAAAAGAAAGCAAAACAGAUAUUAGAAAUAAGUGAUCAGUGCAUUCUCAAGCUUCCGUCUCUUCUGCCACAAAAAGAGGAAAUUACAUUUGAGACUCGUUUGCAGAAAAUAAUACCACAGUGUGAGUGUGAGAUGAUAGCUCAGAAGCUGGGGAUCAUUCUGCAGAAACCAUUGACCACCCAGGACGCCCAGGUCCUAUUACUGCAGGCACAGAAACAUGCUGAUCACCUCUUCCCUUCACUGAGCAGUGGUGCAACUUAUGAAGAUGAAGUAGAAACACAUUUUUCUUAAUGGUUUUUAAUGCAGAAAAUGUUUUUUUCAGUUUUUUUUUUUUUUUUUACUAGGUUGAUUGUUGUGAUUAGAUUUAUCUUGCAAAAACAGCUGAACUGUUUUUGCGCUCUGAUCCAUUUAUCUUAAAAUUAAAAUUGUUACCUUUGAAACAUGAGAUAUAUUUGCCUUUUGUCUGUCCAGCCUUGCGUUACAUUUAUAUGUGUCAUUAAAGUACCGUAUUGUUUUCAAAUAAAGUUUCACUGGACAAUAGAAA